CCGGUCGGCUUCAGGACGUGCUCAGCUAUUGAAUGGCUUACGUCGCCCUUCACAAAUUGAGCAACAGGAGUUCGAUAAAGUUACAACAGCAGCAAGCUACUAUUGAACAGCUAGCACGUCUGCAGGCACAGACUGAAGAGAUUUUCGCUCAGAUGCAUUUGGAUCCCACAAAAGGAAACCACCGUGAGAACGCUUCAAAUAAUAUGCAGAACAGUAUUAGAAAUCGUAGGAUGUCUUCAAAUCCUCCUUCAAUUUCUCAUUUACGUGCUCCUAACAAUUCUGCGUCUUUCAAAGGCCGUAGACCGGCAAGUCUGAACUUAUCAGCACUCAACACGAGCACACCAAUUCAUGAAGACAAGGAAAUACAGUUACCGCAAUCUGCUACUCAUAAUCGUAAUAACAAUAAGAAAAAGACAUACUCAAAUUUGGGUUUAUUACCACCUGUACCGCAAUCUGCACCAGCUAACGGUAGAAACACCUCAUUUAGAGUACCCUCAGCGAUGAACUCAGCUGGUGCCACACCUCAAGGUUGCGUUAGACAACCACGUGGUCCACCUUCAGAGAAUUUGGAAGGUACUAACUUUAGUUCAAGACAGCGCAAGUUAGCUAGUAGACGUUUAUCUGGUUUGGCAAAUAUAGCUGAAGCUAGGCGUAGAGUAAGCAUAGCACCUUCAGAUGAACCAAUUCACGCGUCAAACGAUGACUAAUGUUCGUUUUUAAGCAUUUUUCUUAGGGGUUGCAAUCAAAUCAUUUCUUAAUUUUGUCUUUGGGCAUUUCCAUAUCUACCAUAUUUUGUAUUAUAGCUUCACGAGCAAUCCAUUGAUAUUUACUAAAAAAAAAAA